UGCGCCAUGUUGGAAACUGUGAUGAGAUGGCAUUCUGAAAAAGCCAUAUUUGAUAAAGAAUGCAGUAAUUAUCCUGGUUUCGUGACCAAGUUUCGUGUAAGCAAUCAAUUUUCUGAAGCGAAUGAUAUGGUCGGAUUUGAAAAUUAUAGACAUGUGUGUCACAAGUGGCACUAUAAGAUCACAAAGUUCUACUUGAGCACGAUAACGGGCUCACGCAGGCCCCGAGACUUUACGCUGGAAGUAUCAACUUCGUUAGCUUCUCACCUCACGCCACACAGAGAUGCUCUCGCGAAUUAUGCGAACAAUACCUCAUCGCCUCGCAAAUACUACACUACAAAUAAGGAAUUCGGCAACGAUGGUAGCGUGGACACGGCGUGA